AGAAGUCUAAAUGUCUACUGCUGCUACUUCAUCUGAUCCUUAUGGAAUCACCACUCCAGGGACACAUCUUGUCCAGAAGGACAAGGUCUCUCUAGAGGACUUCGUUCUCAUCAAGGUCAUUGGUAAAGGGAGCUAUGGAAAGGUGAUGCUAGUACGAUAUAAGAAGGAUAAUAAUGUGUAUGCUAUGAAGAUGCUGAGGAAAGAAAACGUGAUGAAACGCAAUCAGGUUGAGCACACCCGGACAGAGCGUAACGUACUGGAGACCGUAUCACACCCUUUUAUUGUAAACCUGGUGUAUGCGUUCCAGACUCCUAAAAAGCUCUACUUUAUAUUGGAGUACUGUCCAGGCGGCGAGUUGUUCUUUCACCUAUCGCGAGCCCAGCGGUUCUCUGAGAAUAGAUGUCGAUUCUACGCCUCGGAGAUCUUGUUGGCCAUUGAAUAUCUCCAUAAGUAUGAUAUAGUCUAUAGGGACCUCAAGCCUGAGAAUGUACUACUAGAUGCUGAUGGCCAUGUGAAGCUUACUGACUUCGGCCUUUCUAAGGAAGGUAUAAUGGACAACUCUUCGGCGAAGUCCAUGUGCGGUACUCCUGAGUAUCUAGCCCCAGAGAUAUUGGAGAAGAAGGGUCAUGGAAAGGCUGUGGAUUGGUACUCUCUUGGUGCGCUGAUGUAUGAGAUGCUCACGGGCUUACCUCCAUUCUAUACGAGAGAUAGGGAGAAGCUGUUCGAGAGGAUUAGGCACGGCGAGCUGUCUUAUCCAUCGUAUAUUUCUCCUAUAGCCAAGAACUUAUUAGAGCAGCUGUUGUGUCGCGACCCUAAUAAACGUCUAGGGUCGGGGCCUGCUGAUGCUCAGGACAUAAAGAGCCAUCCUUUCUUCCAGGGCGUUGACUGGAAUGCUAUGCUAUCGCGUCAAGUGACGCCACCCUUCAAGCCCUCUGUAUCCACCCAGACAGAUGUUAAGUACUUCGAUAGGGAGUUCGUUGAUUUACCUGCUAUCAACAGUCUGGAGUAUUCAGGAGCCCCAGUCGCUGAUAUACACCACUUCGAUGGCUUCACGUAUCAGCCGUCCAACCUCCCUCGAUAGAAUCGGCAGGAGAUUAAACUCUUCGGUAGUCUUCCAAUACGAGAGGAUAUAGAUUGUGCCUAUUGCUGAUGGUUUAGCAUUGUUGGAAAUGUCGUCGGAGUAUGAAAUAUCGCUAUAAUCGAAUACUUGUCAGCCGAUUUAUGGUUUCAUCAUUU